AUUGUGUUUGCGUCUCCUCCGUGCGCCCGGCGUCCCUGCGUCCGCGGCUCUGAUUGGCCGACGGGAGGAAGGGGAAGCUCCACAGCGCCGCUCCGCUCCGGGAUCCUCUGGCGCAGAGAGGAAAGCGCAGCCUGGCCGCCAGCGAGCACCGAGCCACGGCGCUGGGAGGGCAGAUGAUGUGAUGUGAUCUAAAUACGGGCGGCCGGCUGCAGCUACGGGCGGACUGGCACUUAAAAGCGGCCGUCGACCUCGGCCCCUGCUCACUGCGCUGUGUGUUGUCGCGGUGGCAAAGGGAGGCGCAGAAGCCUGGAGGCUGACCGAAGCGAUCUACCUCUGGAGUGUAUUUCCUGUCAGCCAUGAUGUCGGUACAAACCCCUCCCCUCUCCCGCUCUGGCUCCACCCCUUCCACCGGGGGUCUGGCCAGUCGUGGCGGCACCUCGGCCACCCCUCCCACCUCCCUCAGCCUCCGCUCGUCCUACAACCAGCUGCUCGGGCGCGACGUCAUCAAGGAGGCCAUGGAGACCGGAAGCUCUGCGACCUUGCCGAAGAGCCGCCAGAGGCACACGAUGACCAGCGUGCGGAGUGUCAUGGGGAUAAGUGACAACCUGGCUUUGUCGUCCAAGAAUCAGCCCGUAACCAGAGGGAGGGGCCUUCCCACCAAGUCCUCCUCCAGUUCCGCCCUGUACUCCUCCUCUUCCUCCUCCUCGCUGUUCAACGCCACCAACCCCAAGCUGGCCAAGAAUGGCGCCAACAUGCAGAGAAGAGCUGAGAGCCAGCAGCUGGAGCUGAGCAGGGCCAACACGGAGGGCAAAAUCCAUAAUGAUCUCAUCAACAACCCCAGUUCUGACUGGCUGGAACUCGGGAAAGACAACUCGCAGCAGCCGUUCCGUCGAAGGACCAAGAGCUUCUUGGAGUACCAUGGAAAGGGCUGGGAUCUGGAUCUCUGGGGAAAGAAAGAGGAGAAGGAGGAGAAGAAGCAGCAGCCGUCGCCGGAGAAGGAGCAGGCAAGUCCUGUCAAGGACAGAGAGAGUCAGAAGGAAGAGAAGCACAGUGGCAAGCAGGUCUGCCAGGAGGAGAAGGAAGAGGUAGAGCCCGUGAUGGAGGAGGAAGAGGAAGACGAGCCCACGCCGACACCAAGGCAGCCCCUGCUACCAGUGGUGGUUGAGGCCCCUCUUUCCUCCACCUCCUCCUCUUCUACCAACAGCCCAGAGUGGGUGCCAGACCCCCAGAACCAGGCUCCGCCUCAGGUCAGGGAGGACCUCUGCGCCCAGGUUCAAGCCAGUCCGCGUAGUCCUGCAAAGCCCCCUCGGAGCUCCCAGCCCAGGGUGAUCAAGGUGGAGCUGCACCCAAACAACGAGAACCAGUUUUUGCAGCAGUACCCGCCGUCUUCCCCUAAACAGACCAGGGCUGCAGAGAGGAGCACCCCCACCAAGGCACGGGCGCCGCCUCCGACGCAGGAUCCAGAACCAGGUACUGGCCUCCCCAAAGUGGGCUUAAGAAUGGAUCUGACUCCCGACACUCCAUCAGAGGACGAAGACUCCAGCUGGACUACCCUCUCCCAGGAGACACCCUCUCCACAGACUCCAAAGGAGACAGCAGAUGUAUGGGGUGGAGGGGACCUGCCCCCGGGCUGGCGGGAGAUCUCAGACUCAUCCGAGGUCUAUUUCUGGCACAUUCCCACUGGCACCACGCAGUACGACCGACCUGUUGCCUCCAGCAACCAGCCCUCCUCCUCCUCCUCCUCCGCCUCCUCCACCGGCAAUGAGCCCGACGCCGAGCGUGACCCACAACAGAAAACACAGGAGACCCUCAAGCCCCCCAGUGAGCGCCCCAGCAGUCUGAUAUCUGACAGCUCGGUGGAGCCGGUCCCCUCGCCCUCCGCUUCCUCCCCCUCCCCUCCCCCCUCCCCCUCUCCCUCAUCCACCCCCUCCAAUGACGUCACCUCCUCUGGACCGAGUCUCAGCACCAACACCUGCGCAGCAAACCUCCAGGAGCUGAAGGACUACCCAGUCUAUCCGGACCCCAGUCUGAAGGCAUUCGAAGGCGCUACCCUCCGCUACGCUUCACUUAAGCUCAACCCCCCGGCCCAGCUGGAGACGGUGGAUCUGGACAACACAUUCUCUGAUCCGGAGGCGAUGUCUUUUCCAGUGCGAUCUUUGGGCUGGGUGGAGAUGGCAGAGCAGGACCUGUGCGAGGGGAGGAGCAGCGUGGCCGUCCACCAUUGUAUCAGACAGCUGUCCUACUGCAGGAGGGACAUACGAGACUCAGCUGGUGUCUGGGGGGAGGGUAAAGGGAUGCUUUUGGUCCUCCAGGAUCGCAUGUUAACCCUCGUCGACCCAGACGACCACAGCUUGCUUCACUCUCAGCCAAUCAGCAGCAUCCGUGUCUGGGGAGUCGGCCGAGACCACGACAGAGAAAGGGACUUUGCCUACGUGGCCAGAGACAAAAACACGCGGGUGUUGAAGUGCCACGUGUUCCGAUGUGAUACUCCUGCUGCAGCCAUCGCCACAAGUCUCCACGAAAUCUGCUCCAAGAUUAUGGCUGAAAGGAAAAGUGCCAAGGCUGCAGCUGGCAGCUCCUCCCAGAACGGCUCUGAUGUCCCCCUACAAGAGUUUCCCAUGCCAAAGACUGAGCUGGUGCAAAAGUUUCAUGUGCUGUAUCUCGGUGUGACGUCUGUGUCUCGUCCUAUAGGCAUGGACAUAAUAAACGGGGCCAUAGAGAGCCUCCUGUCCUCCACAGGCAAAGAGGACUGGACCCCCGUCAUACUGAGCAUCGCUGACACCACUGUGGCGGUCAUCAAAGAAAAGGAGGAGGAAGAGGAGGUGCUGGUGGAGUGCCGCGUCCGUUUCCUGUCCUUCAUGGGAGUGGGACGGGAUGUGCACACGUUCGCCUUCGUCAUGGACACCGGGAACCAGCACUUCCAGUGUCACGUGUUCUGGUGUGACCCUAACGCAGGCAGUGUGUCUGAGGCUGUGCAGGCAGCCUGUGUGCUCCGGUACCAGAAGUGUCUGGUAGCACGGCCGCCCUCCCAGCGCGCCGGCUCCUCCUCCUCGCCCUCGGCGGACUCGGUGACCCGGCGGGUGACCACCAGCGUGAAGCGCGGCGUCCAGUCUCUCAUAGACACUCUGAAACCCAAGAAACAGCCGUCAGAAAUGCCCCAGCAAUGACCGUCACCACCGAAACCACCGCACCACCCAAGCCUGGAUGCCACUCACACUAUCGCCACGACAACACUUAAUCAGUGCCAGCCAUGGUAACCGACGAUGUACAUACAACGUAACAAACAUCACCCCAGAUAAAGGAGAGAAGAGCGAUCCUUAAAUAUGCCUGAUGAUGAAAAAAAAAAAAUGAUAUAAAGAAAACUGGCCUGUUGAGGGAAGGGAAACGCUAGUGUCACUGGUUGAACUUUGAACCUUUGAACGCUGAUUUAUCAAAGCGGACCCCCUCCUGUGUGGGGAUGUCUGUGCUCGAUGGAUUACACGAUCACACACUCUGCAGACAGGAUUCAGGAUUACCCAGAAGAAAAAAGAUUUCUACUCACACACCGGCUACGGAGUCACUCAUCGUUUUACUCAUUUUUCUUUCCAUUUCUCUUUCCCCGUCUGAACUCCUGGUCUGGAUACAGGUACAGCAGCCUUCCAGGACAAAAAAAUAAAAAAAAUAUAUAUAUAUAAAGAAAAAUGCUGUUCUCUUGCUCUCGUGGGAUUUUGACCGCUGAAUGAGAAAAGCAAAGGAUGAGACGGACAAGACCUCGUAGCAGCCUACACCUGCCCACCAAAUGGCGUAAAAAUGUUUCAGUCCCUUCGAGCGUGUGACAGACUUAAAAGAAAAACGAAUAAAAAUCAGAAUGAUGAAUAAAGUGAUUGUAAUAAUGAACUGUAUGUAAAUGAUUGUAUGUAGGGAAAGAGAGAUUAGGGCACAAAACGUUUAGACAUGAGGGAGAGCAGAGAUGUUGUUCACAGAAGAGGGGUUUGACUUUGCAUGUUUUCUUGAUGGGGUACGUUUUAUGUUGAUGGGGUCUCGAUAAGAAGACUGGUGAAAAAAAAUAGAUGCUCUCAGCACAAUUCAUCUCCACUUGACCUUGACUGGAUUUACACUGGGGCAAAAAAAAAAAAAAAAAAAAAUCUGGCCUAUUCCCCACACACUCCAUGAAAAAGGGUUAAAAAAUAAUAAUUAAAAACCGGAAUAUAAUUAUUUUUAAUUAAGAAAAAACGAUGUUAAAGAUUGUAAUGUAUCUUUAAAGCUUUAAAUGAGUUAAAAUUGUAAUUUUUUCGUAUGUGUUCUAGAAAAAUUUAAUUUAAAAGCUCAAGAAUGUUUCAUUGAUUUUGUCAAACUUUAUAAAUCCCUCAGGAAUCUUUGUGCAGAUACCCAAGAUUUAUAGAAGCAAGAAACUCCAAAUCCACAGGCGACGCACUCGUGACUAGAUGAACAGCGGAGCACGAUGUUUGCUUUGCAACACAGAAAAAAAGAUCAAAUCUGCCCCACACUAAGGAUCAUAUUAUAGUUUCUCUCCUCAGUAAAUCCAGCCAGUGUUCCCACUCACAAACAAAAUAUAUCACCACAACUACGCACAUAUAGCAGUAAAGUAAAAUAAAAAAAAAAGUCUGCUGUCACUGCUGUCGAAGGUUGAUACAGUGCUCCUACGGCCCAGGGCCACCACCUGCACUCGACAUGAACUCUGUGAACGCAGUCUGGUCUAUAAAUGACAAACACACAUAACAACAAUCAAGAGAUAUGCUAUAAAUCAUUUCAUUUCUGUUCUUCACCCGUCUCUACACCGUGUAAAUGUAAUCUGUUGUGACAAUAAAUGCAUUACCAAAAGGAAAAAAAAAAAAAAA